CUACCAACAUAACCAUACAUACGUCUACACAGUGAAAGGAGCGAAGAGAGAAAGAGAUGGUGCUCAAGUCCGGGUAGGAGUGUACCGUAUACGUCGUCUGACAACCUCCGACAUCCACACGCAUACACACACAUCCUGUUUUUUAUAUACCGUAAAUAAAUCCACAGUUCCAUACCAUACGACGCACCACGGUCGAGGUGUUCGACAGCUGCUUAAUAAUGUCGCGUAAAAGUGUAUCUCGGUGAUAUUGACGUGAAAAUAAGUGAGGAUCGAUCGAUCGGUGGGAAAACUCAGUAAAUCUAUAACAUUCAACGUUCCUCCGAAGCGACUGGCAGGCUCCUUGAACUCUUUACGCGAAGAAAUUCAGCCCAUCUUCUAUUACGAGACUGGCUGACAAGACGGCUACGCGUACUCUUCAAUUCCAGGAAUAUUGCCGAGGUGACGUCUUGUUCGCGGGAUAACGAGGCAUGGCUACCUCAGUCUUGGAGGCUUCCUCAACACUGGCAUCCACUGUAUCAGGAGCCAUCAACGACACAAUGAGCAGAGCCGCAGAUCCGAGUAGCGACCCAAAUUUAACAGGAACACCAAUUUUUCUACAAACCAAAGCAGCCCAGGGUAUUGCCGGUGUUUUUGUUUGGGCCGCGUUGUUCCUAACUUGCCAACAAAUAUACCAGCAUUUGAGAUGGUAUACAAAUCCGACUGAGCAGAGAUGGAUAGUGAGGAUUUUGUUCAUAGUACCGAUAUAUGCAACGUAUUCUUGGAUAUCGUUGUUAUUCUUCAAUAGCGAGAGUUACUACGUGUAUUUUUUCACCGUACGGGACUGUUACGAGGCAUUUGUAAUAUACAAUUUCUUGUCGCUGUGCUACGAGUAUUUGGGUGGAGAGGGUAACAUCAUGUCCGAAAUAAGGGGGAAACCGAUACGGUCAAAUUGUCUCUACGGAACUUGCUGCCUAGUCGGUAAAACUUACACCAUCGGUUUUCUAAGAUUCUGCAAGCAAGCCACCCUCCAGUUCUGCCUUGUCAAACCCGUCAUGGCAUUUGUCAUAAUAUUCCUGCAAGCCUUCGGGCAUUAUCGAGAUGGUGAUUGGUCGCCCGACGGUGGUUACAUAUACAUCACAAUAAUAUACAACAUUAGCGUUUCCCUCGCCCUUUACGGACUGUUUCUAUUUUAUUUCGCUACAAGAGAUUUACUCACGCCUUUCGAACCCGUGCUCAAGUUUUGCACCGUCAAAAGCGUCAUCUUCUUAUCAUUCUGGCAAGGUGUGCUGCUGGCUGUUCUCGAAAAGGCAAAUGUCAUUUCAUCUGCCAUCAAUAGCGUCGGACUGGCGACCAGCGCUGGUACAGUAUCGGCUGGUUAUCAAAAUUUCUUGAUCUGCAUAGAGAUGUUGUUCGCCGCUAUUGCGCUUCGCUACGCAUUUCCAUAUCAAGUUUACUCAGCUGGAUGCGUAACUGAUUCGAGAGGCAGGAGUGUUACCAUGCAGAGCAUCAGUAGCAGUUUAAAAGAGACAAUGAAUCCCAAGGAUAUUAUGACCGACGCGAUACACAAUUUUCAUCCUCAAUACCAACAGUACACGCAGUACAGUUCGGGAGGAAGUAAAGGUCAGCGAGGAAUGCGCGUAUCAAGUUACGACCCUGACGACCCUCAAAAUAUGCCUGUGCCGCCACCUCAACGUCGCAACACCUCUAAUCAACGAGUUGCUACUAUUUCACAAAAUUAUAACGAGAAAACGAUGCUUCUGAGUAGCGACGACGAAUUUCAGUAGAGAGAGAGUGAAGAGAAAAAGAAAAGGACCGAUCACCCAUUUUCAUUUUAAGAAUUAACGCGUAGAGUAAUGAUUGCGCAAUAGUCGAGUGAGCAAGAAAAUUUUACGAUAUUAAGUGAACGAGAAUGUUCCGAAAGAGAAAUAAUUAUAAAUAAAAUGCCAAAAGGCUCGGUUGAAAACGAGCGUUUGAUCGAUAUUCAAAUUGAAAAUUGAAUAAUCAAUAAAUGUAUUUAAAAAAAAAAAAUUUUAAUCAUAAUGAGACAGAGCAUACCUACAUAAAUAUGGUCAUGAAGUAUGUGUACAUCAAUAUUUGUCCCAAAGUAAAUUCUCCUUUUCUCAGGAAGUUGAUUAAUUGAUUAAAAAAUCGCAAAGAACUCGUGUUCAAUUUUUCAACCAAAGUGUACAAAUUUCAUUUAUAAGGAAACAUUUUUUUCUGUUGUUUGUUUGUGUCAUUUGUGUUAUUCUUUUUUAUACUCAAACAUUGUGAUUUUCAUUGCACACGUCACGGUAGUUGUACGAACAUAUUUCUUGUGAAAUAUGAACAGAGAUUAGACUUUUUUUUUCUUUAAAUUAUGUCCGGAUUAUAGACGAAAAAAGGAAAGAAAGGCUAGCGUGAGAAAAAAAAUUGAGUUGUCAUGACAUCAAUCGUUUAAAAAAUGCAAAGAAGCUCUUAUGAAAAAAAAAAGAGUCUGUACAUGGUAUAAGCAUACUAUAUAUUCGACUAUAAUAGGUAAUUAUGGUUCCAAAACUAAGUAAAUGAAGUGAAUAUUUGUUAUUAUAUUAAGGAAUAAUGAUGAUAUAUAGAAGAAUAUUUAUUUUAAUAAUGCCCAUGCACUUAAUUAAAUAGAUUUAUAUUACUUGACGACGUAGGUUUAUAUAGUCUAAAAAUAACAAGAGAAAAAGGACGAAAAAAAUAAUACAGAUUUCAAGCCGCAUAGUGUUUCGUUUAAAUUUUACAUUUUAUCUUCUGUUUUCUUUGCUAGCUUCAUAUUUCGCGAAAUUCCGAAAGUAAUUUACGAAGAACAAUGAUUUGAUGAAAAAAUAAAUAAAAAUUUCGCUGCCAAAAAUAUUUAAAAAGUACGUCCAUUUAAAUUAGCAAAUUGUUAAUACAUGCAUACUCGUUGACGAACAAGGUUUUUUACAAUUAAAAGAGACGAGAAAAAAAAA